AGCCCCCAAUCUCCGAGAAAACAUCCCACCACCAAAUCUCCAUGGCUCCAAAAUCGAAAGAGAAACCGAAAACCUCGUCAUCCUCACAUCCUCCUCCCGCGAUCGAAGAUCUCUUCACCACUCUCGAUAGGCACAUCCAGCGAUCUGAAUACGAACAAGCCGUCAAGGUCGCUGAUCAAGUUUUGUCGAUUGCACCUGCCGAUGAGGAUGCGAUCCGAUGCAAAGUUGUGGCUCUUGUCAAAGACGAUAAGAUCGAUGAUGCUCUCUCCGUCAUUCAAUCCUUCCAUAAGCUUCCCAUCGAUCUAGGGUUUCAAAAGGCAUAUUGCUUAUACCGUCAAAACAAACUAGACGAGGCUCUGCAGUGUUUGAGAGGACGAGAGAGAGAUUCAGAGACUUUGCUUUUGGAGGCUCAGAUUCUGUACCGUCUGGGGAAAACAGAUGCUUGUGUGGAUGUGUAUAGGAAGCUGCAGAACUCCGACAUUGAGACGGCAGAGGUCAAUUUCGUUGCGAGUUUGGUUUCAGCUGGUAAAGCUUCCCAGGUGGAAAAAGCAUUGGACUCGUGGAAGAUCAAAUCAACUAGUAGUUUUGAGUUGGCUUUUAACACUGCUUGCUCUUUGAUUGAAAACAAUAACUAUGCUGAUGCUGAACAACUUCUGCUGAUUGCGAAAAGAAUUGGUCAUGUAACCCUCACGGAUGAUGGCUUUGCUGAUGAGGAUAUUGAGACUGAGCUGGCCCCAAUUGCUGUCCAAUUAGCAUAUGUCCAACAGGUCCUUGGACAAACUCAGGAAUCCACCAGCUCAUAUCUAGACAUCAUUAAACGAAACCUGGCUGAUGAAUCGUCGCUUUCUGUUGCUGUGAACAACCUUAUCGCCUUGAAAGGUUCCAAAGAUGUUUCUGAUGGCUUGAGGAAGCUUGAUCGUCUCAAGGAGAAAGACUCCCAAAAUUUUCAGCUUUCUCAAACACUUAAUGCGAAGCUUUCGCAGAAACAUAAGGAAGCUAUAUAUGCUAAUCGCAUCCUUCUGCUUCUCCAUGCAAAUAAGAUGGAUCAGGCAAGAGAACUCUGUGCUGCACUGCCGGGCCUAUUCCCUGAGAGUGUUAAUCCUGCAUUGCUUCAAGCUGCUGUGUUGGUGAGAGAGAACAAGGCUGCCAAGGCUGAAGAACUUCUGGGACAGUUCGCUGAAAAGUUCCCGGGAAAGUCUAAGCCGGUUCUCUUGGCUAGGGCACAAAUUGCUGCUUCAGCCAGUCAUCCUCAAGUAGCAGCAGAGUCCUUGUCCAGAAUAACUGAUAUCCAGCAUUUACCUGCAACUGUUGCCACCAUUGUCGCACUCAAAGAGCGAGCUGGGGACAAUGAUGGUGCUGCUGCUGUUCUUGACUCAGCAAUUAACUGGUGGUCAAACUCGAUGACUGAGAAGAAUAAGCUUGGCAUAUUGAUGCCGCAGGCUGCUUCCUUCAAGCUCAGGCAUGGCCAAGAAGAGGAGGCUUCACGGCUAUACGAGGAGAUUGUGAAAAAACAUAAAAGCACAGAUGCUCUCGUUGGUCUUGUGACCACACUUGCCCGUGUCAACAUCGAGAAAGCAGAAACUUACGAGAAACAGCUAAAGCCGUUACCUGGGUUGAAGUCUGUUGAUGUGGAUAACCUAGAGAAGACCUCUGGUGCAAAACCCGUGGAAGGCGCUGCUGCUGCUGCUUCAGCGAUGCAGGAAGAAGUGAAGAAGGAGAAGGCAAAGAGGAAGAGGAAGAGAAAGCCAAAGUAUCCGAAAGGAUUCGAUCCGGCUAACCCUGGUCCUCCUCCGGAUCCUGAAAGGUGGCUUCCGAGAAGGGAAAGGUCAAGUUACAGACCUAAGAGGAAGGACAAGCGGGCAGCUCAAAUCCGUGGGUCGCAGGGUGCAGUGACAAAGCAAGAGAAACAAGAAGCAGCUCCUUCGACUUCAAAAUCAAACCAAGCGACCACUAAGAGUGCAGCUGAUUCCAAGCCUUCUUCCUCUAAGGCCUCAAAAAAGAAGUCUAGGAGAUGAAUGCAACCACCUUUUUUACAGUAUUUUCUAAGAAAACAAAAAUGGACUACUACUCAAAAUGACAACACGACCUGGAUUUCCUUUGUUUUCUGUUUUUUUUUUUUUU